AUGGCGACAUUAACACCCGCUGUGGAACCCCAAUGGCCAUGCUCGUUCAGACUUCCAGAAAAUCAGGAUCCUAACAGACGAACAUUCAGUCCAAGGCUCUUCCGAGGACCCGAUAACCAGCCCCCGCAGGAGUUCUACAGCGACAACUAUGACGACUCCGAAAAACUGGCAAGCAUGUUUCUCAACGAAAGCGUCUUGGGAUUCGAUAUGCAAUGGAUCUAUCCAGAACGCAAGAAUAAUAUCCCGUUACAAGAGGCAGUGUCAGUCAUCGGGGUCGCGACUGAAAGCAAGAUAGCCGUCUUCCACAUUGGCCGGCAUCUCGGGAAAAGAGCUAGCGAAGUUCUGGCGCCCUCACUGCGCAAGAUCAUUGAGAAUCGGGACAUAGUGAAGACUGGCUAUUCCAUAAUAGGCGAUCUCGCUAGAUUGCGCAAACACUUCGGUCUCCAGCCUAGGGGUGCUAUGGAGCUCAGCUACCUUAAUGUGUUGAUUAACGAAGAAAGAAUGAAUUUCAAGACAUAUUAUACGAAAGGAGGUAUGGGGGGACUCGUGAAUGAGCAUUUCCAUGGCUACACUUUGAUCAAAGACUCAGGACAGCGCAAGGACUGGCUCUCGCCCAUGACAGCCAACAUGAAAUCGUACGCGGCAGCCGACCCAUAUGCGGGAAUUAUGCUCUACUAUCAAGACUAUUACACAUUUGAAGAGUUUUUGAAGAAAGGAUUCCUAGAUGCUCGUGAGCUUCGACUACAGCCCCUCCACCCAGGUGGGAAUAACCCAGAGGCCAAAUGGUUCUUCUCUAUGGCAGAGGAUCACAACGUGCCGAAGAACCUCGAUCCAGUAUCCAAAAAUUUGUACAAGCUCCUGCUCGAUGGGCGCGACAAGCUAGCUAACCAUGAGGGUUUGCACCCCCGUGAGAUGAUCAUUGAUUGCGCACUCCGCACCAUGGCUUUGACUCGCCCCCAAACCGCCAUCGAUUGCGAGAAACUGCGAGGCUUGAACGACGACAUGCGCAAGGAUCUGGCCGAAUACUUCAGCCAAAUUAUUACAAAGUUCGAGCGAGAGCUACAAAAGGAGCGUAUAAAGGCGGCGCAACAGGAAACAGCACAACCACCACAAGAGCCAGGAACCCCCAACCCAUCCACUCCUUCGUCGGAGCCGGACGCCGCCAUAAUAAAAGAGGAAGAUUCAGAGGGCGGUGCGACAGAUGAAGUCCCAGCCCCCGCUGCCGUGCCGGCCAUGCACACUGGUCUCACGUUCAACAUGGCGGACACCGCUCUCGACGGAGACGUCGCCGAGGGUGCCGGCAAAGAGAUCAAAGUUGAGCCUGUAGAACCCACGGAGGAGAACAAGAAGUGGAAACGCAUGCGUGACCAGGGGCUCGAGGAGGGAGGUAAGAAGAAAGAGCCCCGGAGGUCGACCAGAAAGAGAUCGGGAUGA